AUGACUCUCUCGCAAGUCGGUGUGCGACCUCCAGUCGCAUCCGCCACGCUACACUCACCCUCCUCCAAAUCCGCCGUACGCGCCACGUCAGCCAGAUCCACGUCGUCAGCGAACGUGUGCGCAGUCAGCGCGUCGGCAGUUCCUAAGCCGCUUGAAUGGCUCGAGGUGUCUGGAAGCCCGUUCGAGCGCGGCUGUGCGAUCGGCGUGCGAUUCGGCGACAAGAUCCGCGAUCGCGUCGCCAAGGCGCCGUUUCUGCACGACGACAUGAUUCCGUUCGCACGGACGGGCGAAGGAGCUUGGCUGCUGGAAAUGUUUUCCGAGUCCAACAAAGCGCUAUACCCGGAGUACUGGGAGGAGCUCCGAGGCAUGGCGACUGGCAGCCGCGUUCCGUUUGACGAGCUGCUGCUUCUGAACCUUCGCAAGGAGUUCGGCCCCUUUCUGCCGUCACUCAACGCUCCUGCCACGUCAGCACUGCUGCCUGAGCUGGCCUCGCCGGCUAUGACUGGAUCUGGUGGUUCUGGUGCUGCCACGUUGGACAGGGCGCUGCAGUAUGGCAUGUCGUCUGACGACUGCUCUGACGUGUUACUGCUCACGGAUGACGUGGCAGCAGUGGGGCACAACGAGGAUGCGGACUACUCGAUUGUGGAUAACACCUUCCUGGUGCACGUGCACGCCGACAGCGGUGUUACCUUCACUGCGUACACCUAUGCGGGCGAGCUCCCAUCUGUGGCAUUCGGGUUCAAUAACGCCAGAAUGGGUUUCUCAAUGGACGCGGUACCCCCAGCGCCGUCAGAAGUGGCGAAGGGAGGCAUAGGACGCAACUUCGUUGCUCGCAGCCUCAUGGAGUCACAGUCAAUAGAGGAUGCCGUGCAGCGCGUGACUGGUCCAGCGGUGGCAGUGGGGCAUCACUACGUGGUGAUGGACUUUGCUCACCGUCGAAUCGCGUCCAUGGGCCCCAGCGCCCACCGCAGAGAGGCCACUGCCAGACGCCUGGGCGCUCCCACAACCACCCACGACAUGCUCAAGAUCCUAUCCAACUCAGACGACAGGGAGUAUCCCAUCUUCAAUGAGGGAAACCCCUUCGAGAUUGGAGGCCCGGUCAUCCACACGCUACACAGCACGCUCUUUAACCUCGAUGCCGGGAAACUUAGCGUCUUUGGCGGGCGAUCCACAGAUGGCAACGUGCUCCAUGAGUUUGAUGUCUGA